CAGGACAACCCUGGCGACUCAAUAUUAUGUACAUACGGAUCGGGACUUGGCUACCACACCAGGGACUCAAUUUGGGUGGUUUUAGGUACACGAGGAUCGGAGUGUCAGCCCCGGAUAGGACAGUCCAGGGAUUUGUCGCUUCCAGUACAGUACUCGAGUAUGUCCACGUCACAACACGUUCGUUAAACUAUCUGGUUGAACACGAUGUUAAACAGCUGUCCCGCUUAUGGAACUCCCAUCUCACUGAAACAACAGCCAUUUAAUCCUGCCUUGACAACUGUGCUCGAUUUCUAUUCGACUACUAACGAACCGCCUUCUUCAGUCGAUUCUCGGGUCGUCAGGGAGGAAAUCACGCGACUUCAAGCAGGAAUAGCUACUGUUGAUGAAGGAAUCGCAAAAAUCAAACGGCUUCAAACCCGUUUAGAAGAGCUCAUUCAGGAAAAACGGAGGAUGGAAAACCAGCUUCAGUCAUUUAGGCCUUUGACUCACCCAAUCCGACGGCUUCCAAAUGAAGCUUUGACACGAAUUUUUCGUUUUUGCGUCGAGGUUGAGGGACCUAAAGAUGUUUGGGCGUAUACAAAUCCUAACGACCUUUCAGAGGUGGAUAUGGUCGACCUCAAAUCCAGACACGCGUCACAAUAUCCUGGGUCUCUGAACACACGAAAUUCCCCUUGGAAGGUGGGGCAGGUGUGCAAGAGAUGGAGAUCUUUGGUGUCUUCACUACCUCAGCUCUGGACUUAUAUUGAUCUCAACUGGGACUCCAUCGCGGAGAUCCAUCCAAAUGUUGCAAGCUUUCUAGCUCUGCAAUUACAAAGAAGCGAGGGGAAGCUCCUCUCCGUUUCUCUUUUCAGCUACUCGAAUGACGGUACUCCGAGGUCAUUCAAUGACACACUCAUGAAGAUGGUUUGUGCUUCGUCAAACCGAUGGCUGGAGGCUUCGAUUAGAGUUGAUGCAAUAGGUCUUCUACUACUGUCUCCAUUUCGAGGAACUUUUUCGAAACUCGAAUCACUCCAUCUCCACCUCCUGUCUUCCGGAAAUGGUUGGCCUGGUCUCGAUGACCAAUCGCAAAAAUCACUUUUUAACGUCUUUGAUAUUACACCUGCGUUAAACCAACUUGUGCUUUCAGGGGAUUUUGUACCACUCUUGAACAUACCUGUUCAAUUUCCGUGGCUCCAGAUCACCACUUAUAUUUCAAGGGAUUAUGGGGCAUGGUAUAGGGACUAUGACGAUCAUUUCAAUUUACUGCCAAAGAUGACCAACUUGGAGAAGUGUUUCCUGGACCUGGCAGUCCCAGACGACCCGGAUCCUUCUCUCCCUGAAACCCCUCACCUGAUCUUUCCCAAUCUGCGCACUCUGGUACUCCGUAACGCUCACGUCGAAGGCCGGUCUGCAUUCGAACCCGUGUUGAAGUGGCUUACACUUCCAGCAUUGAAAAAGUUGCGGCUUACCAAAAAUUUUGAUACCCCAAAAUCCCUUCUCGCGUUCAUGACACGGUCAUCCUGUUCGCUCUUGGAACUCUCCAUACUUGAUCACCACAUCUCUGACCCCGUUGUGACCCGUAUUCUAAAGGCAGAUUGUUUCCGCGGGCUGGAGAGGCUGGAAUUAGGUGGUGUCACGGACGCAAUUCUUCAGUGUCUUCGCAUUAGAGGUGGAGCAGGCCUUCUGGUCAGCCUUCGCUGCCUCGUCCUCUGUGGCACCAAAAGAUGGUCGAGUCGGGUCUUGCUGCAUGUUGUCCGGUCCCGUAAUCAUGUCGUCGGACCGCAUAUGCAACCCCUUCGGGACCUCGUCCUCCAAAAUGUUGUUUCAGAGGGUGAAAACGCGAUAGAAGAUCCGGAGAUUAUGAAGGGAUUACAGGCAGUUUGUCAAGUGAAGGUCAGGUGGAUUUCAGAAGUGAAGAGUCGCUAUUGGUUUUGAUUAUUGAACUCUUUUGUGAUCUAUGGUCGCUCGUUAAAAUAUUUCGUUACCUACAAGUACUGUCAGCUUACCCGCAGAUAGAACGAUAUCAGUUCAACUUGAGA